AUGCUAACAUUUAAUUAUACGUUUCGAUUCCAAUUGGAUUUAGAUUUUUUAGAAGAUUCUCGUAGCAGAAGAAAAAGUAGAGCGUCAACUCCAUUGAAAGAAUUCAGUCCCGAUUCGGUAGAUUUGGUUAAAAUACUUUUGUUGGGAGCUCCCCGAGUUGGAAAAACUUCCAUAAUACAACAAUUCGUAUGGAACGAAUUCGACGAUAAAUACAUAUCGACCGAUUGUAAACACACGUAUUAUCCAUCGGUUAUAAUUAACGAACAUUUAUACGAAUUAAAAAUAACGGAUAUACCGGUCAUACCUUAUUUCCCGGUUAAUUCAUAUUACGAAUGGACGGAUUAUAGAUUUUACGGUUUGAGAAACGCAUCCGCGUACAUCCUCGUUUUCGAUUUAUCGAACGUCGAUACUUUUCAAUACGUAAAAAAUUUACGAGAGCAAAUAAUCGAAAGUCGGGAUAUGAGAAACGUUCCGUUGAUCGUUGUCGGUAACAAACAAGAUUUAAUUGAUUGUUCCGGUAAAAUGUCGUCGUCGUCGUCGUCCUCGUCGUCAUCUUCAUCUUCGGAGGAGAAGGAGGAGGAGGAAGAAGAGGAUGAGGAGGAUGAGGAUGUAGUGGAGGUGGAGAAGGUGGAAAAUGUCGUGGAUUCGGAUUGUUGUCGUGACGUGAGAAAAACAAAAAAAAAAUUAUUAAACGAUAUUGUUGAAACGGUGACGACGAAUUGGAAAUGCACAUACGUUGAGUGCAGCGCUAAAAAUAAUUUAAAAGUUAUGCAUUUGUUUAAAAACGUUAUGAAUUCAAUCGAUUCUAAUUCCACGACACAUCAUCAUCAUCAUCAUCAUAAUCCUUCCAUAACUCGUGAUAAUUAUUAUACUAAUAAUAUUAAUAAUAUCCAUGAGGAGCCCGAUAAAAAUAAAUGUAAAAUUUUGUAA